UGACCCACUGCAGAGAUCGGUAUCAGCUGUGCAGUCUGAGCACAGCUCCACAUAAUUCUGUAGCUGGGCUGUAUCCAGUAUGGUAUUUUAUAUUGUUAUAUGCCUUUCCUUCUUGUUAUUCCUUGAUGUGGAAGAAGCAGCUGUCCAACCUCUGUUUCUGUAAUCGCUCCUAUCUGCAGUCACUGAAGAGUUACAGUUUGUGUAUCUGAGCAGGAAAUGUUGAGUGUUUGCAGGCAGCCAAUAAAGCAGAGAUCACAGCCCAGCUGACUCACCGGCAGGAAAUCUGCAGCUGCUUUUGAAUGCAGUUCAAAGCCGGCUCACACUUGGUAUCGCAGCAGUUUCACUCCAUUCCACAGUUGUGUGUUUGUGUUUCCAGAGCCAUCAAGAAAUGGCCAAUCCAUUACCUGUGGUGGCCCAGGAAGAUUUGGAAAGCUUUACCUUGACCAGGACAGGCUCAGGCUUUGCUCUCAAAGCCUUUCAUAUUUCCUGGAGCACUCCCAUCUCUGUGAAGCUGCUGACCAGCCAGGACACCACAGACAGGGAGUGGAAGUUUCUACUUCAGGACAUAGCAAAUGUCAGACACUGUGAGUCUGAACGUCUCCUGCCUUUCCUUGGGAUUUACCAGUGCCAUGGACUCGUGGGGAUAGUGACUGAAUGGAUGAACAAUGGAUCACUCCACUCCCUCAUCCAUGAGCAUCAGCUGUACCCAGAGCUUCCCUUUGCCUUACUCAUAAGGAUCCUGUCGGAUGUGGCUGAAGGGCUGCACCAUCUUCACAGCCUCGGACCUGCUCUCUGCCACUGCAGCCUGAAACCUUCCAACGUGCUUUUGGAUGUGCAGUACAGAGCCAAGAUAUCGGAUUAUGGCCUAACCAACUGGAGGAAACAGCAGCUGAGGUCAGACCUGCAGAACUGCCAGCAGAGAAACUGCCAGGAUUUAGUGUAUCUUCCUCCUGAAAUACUUGAAGGAGGGCUCCCUUCCCAGGAAGGUGAUAUUUACAGUUUUGGAAUCCUGUGUUGGGAGAGCCUCAGCAGACAGAAACCUUUUGAAGGCCAAGGAACCCUGCUCAAUGUUUUGAGAAGAAUCUGCAGCAGUUUGCGGCCAGGCAUUUCAGAAAAGUUCAUACCAAACAAUUUGCCUGAGAGGAAUAGACUGCUGCACCUCAUUGCUCUGUGCUGGCAUCAAGAACCAGAUUAUAGACCACAUACUGCAGAAUGUGUACACCUUCUAAAUGGAGUUUUGACUAGUAUAAAUAAGGAUGUGAUUUCUGCAGCAAUCUACAAUUUGAUGGAUGCAAAGGAGAGAGCGCUUAACGCCUGCAAAGGCUCACAGACCUACACCCUGCAGAGAGGCACCUGCAAUGCCGAGAUCAUCUGUCCACAAAAAGGCAAUGGCUUAAUCAGCAAGAAAAUUCCUCUUGUAGUGCCAAGCUCAUCAACUGUUCUACUUGAUAGCAGUGCAAAUACAGCAGGAAGAGAUAAUAUUGAGAUGGGUGUGUCAAGUGCUACCCCACAGAAUGCAGCAGCAACCAAAGAUCACCCAGGAUCUGAGAGAAGAAAAUCAAGCUCCUUUUGCACAAAUCCUUCAUCUGGUUCAACUGCAGGCAAAGAGAGCAGUCAGCAUAACUCCCCAGCACUGGCUCUUCAGCACAGAGCACAGCCAAUGCCCCUUGGACAAGCAGUGACAGGUCCUUGCAGCAAAGGAAACUGCUGUCAAAUCCUUGCCUGCCAGAGACAGAGCAUAGUGAGCUGCAUGACAGAAGGGCUCCUCAACCACGUGCUGGACGUGCUGCGCUCGCAGCAGACCCUGUCCCGAGUGGACUACGAGAGCAUCACCUCGUGCCCCACGGUGACCGCCCGCGCCCGGGCGCUGCUGGACACCUGCCUGUGCCUCGGCGAGAGGGCAGCACAAGCUGUGGUGGCUGCACUGUCAGUGAACAAAUGCAGUCCUCUGGGACAAGUCAUUCAUGCCCAGACUGUCCUUCCAAGCCCGUUAUUUGAGUACUGUAGUGGAAAAAGCUGACUGGAUUAAAAGGUCAAGUCAAAUGCUGCCAACGGAAAUUGCCAAGACUGGUAAAACAAAUGAUUAUUUGGACCUCGGAGGUGGGAAAAGUGCAAUAUGUGCCAGAGCAAACAGAGUUCAAGUGAGAUGACACCUUAUUUCCUUAAGUUUUUUUCAUUAGGAGGAAAAUGAAUCAUGACCUUUUUGGAAGUCACAGUAUGGAAGAAUGGCUAUUUAGAAAUACUUCCAAAUAAGGAUAAUGAACAACAGAAUACCGGAUGAGGAGAAAAAAUUUACUGCCUUUCACUACACUCAUAUCUGAGGCAGCUGUUACAGUGAAAAGCUUCAGAGAAUCAAGAGAUAUUUCUUCAGUAGGGCCUUAAGUAAGACUUGGAAGUUUUAUAUUUUGCAUAUAAAUUACUUCAUUUUCCUCACAAAUGGUCAUAUGAAAACGUAGCAGUACUUACAUCAGUACUUUGGAGGUGUGGGACUUGGAGUACUCAGUAAAUGGAGAAACGAUAACACUUUAUAUCCCUGUAUCUCUCUAAACAUGUCUGCAGCUCAAAUGUAAAAUUAAACCAGCAGAAGAGGUGCCAAGCUGAUAAUUUUGAAAUGGUGGUUCUGCUGAACUGUUGUCAUGGUUGUACUCUAAUGGGAGACAGCCUGGGAAUACUGGUUUUGUAGCUCUGGCCUGGACUCCCCCACGGUCACAGAUGCUUUGGAGUGUCCUGCUGCUGCUUGAACUCACCCUCAGGUCAUGGACCCUCUGCCUUGAGUUCACAUGGAGUUCCAGUCUGUCCAGUCCAGCAGCACAGAAACAUUGCUGUUAUCAGAAUGUUCCCAGGCACAGUGGAGGAAGAUAAGUGGUACAACAGGCAGUGAAAACAACAGCCCAGCCACUAACAAGCACCAGACACUCGUGUACAGAAGGCAAACAAGUCCCAUGGCAAGCACAGGAGUCACUCAACAGAUCAACAGCAACCGCAGCUACAAAUGAGAUCCAGCACAUUCCAGUAAAAUCUGUUGUUACCUUGAACCCUUCAAGCCUCACACUGGAUGCUGAAAAGAACAUUUGUCCCAGCAGACAACUAUACUCCACAACAGUAAAGUGAGAAAACCUGUUGGCUGAGAGCCAGACAAUUUAACAGGUAAAGCAAAAGCUGCACACAAGCAAAGGAAAAUGUGGAAUUAAUUCACCACUUGCCAAGGACAGGCAGGUGUCCAGCCCUCUCCAGGAAAGGAGAGCUCCAUCCCAUGUAAUGGUUGCUUAAGAAGACAAAUGCCAUCACUCCAAACGUCCUCCCCUUCCUCCUUCCCUAGCUGAGCUUGAUGCCACAUGGUCUGGAGUAUCCCUUUGCCCAGCUGUGGGCAGCUGUCCCAGCUCAUCCUCCCCCAGCUCCUUGUGCACCCCCAGCCUCCUCCCUGGUGGGGUGAGGCCAGAAAGGCCUUGGAUCUGUGUGAGCUCUGCCCAGCAGUAACAAAACAUCCCUGAAUUGUCAAUGCUGUUUGCAGUACAAAUUCAAAAUACAGCCCCAUACUAGCUCCUAUGGAGAAAAUUAACUCUAUCCCAGCAAAACUCAGCAUAAUUUGAAAGAUAAAUAAUAAGAUUACUUUCUGUAUUAUGAAAAUAAUGAUAAAAGGUGCUGGAGUUUUAAAGGCCCAGUGGGGUUUCUUCAAGCUUCGUGGCACCAGAUUAACAUGAGAACUUGUUAUACCAUCUACAGGUAUUUCAAAUGCAAAACCAUGUUAUUUGUUUCCCUAUGUUGCUUUUGUUCUCUCUGCAGUUUCACAGCUCUCAUUGAAUUCAGUCAUUCGGCUGAUUGGAAAUGCAGUAAUGAUGUGUUGUCUGGGCACAGUUAAGAAACAAGAAAUAUGCUACAUCAAAGUUUCCAGCUAUGAUGCUACUGGAACCAUAAACUUUUUUUUCCCCAUUAUUUCAUUAAACUUUGAGACUGCCUUGAAUUAAAAUAUUGUUACAAUUAAAAGCAAUGUCUAUCAGAAUAUGUUGACAAUAGUUUUCCUUAUUAAAAGAGCUAAAUAUUUA